AUGUCAUGGGUUUUUUCGGCGGAACUCGAAGGCUCUUCUGCGCAUACGAUCGCCGUCACUGUGUUCGCCGGGACGUUAUAUCUGGACGGCAUCGCUGUCGGAGGACAAGAAACAGCACCACCUCCGUCAUCCGCCACAACGACGCCACUCACCAGCUCGCAAACACCACCGCUACCGCCCAUCAUUUCGUCUCUUACGACCUCUUCCUUCGUCACUGCGUCGCCAACCGUUUCAAGUACACACACGUCAUCACCGUUUUUAGCUGCGGGAGGCAAGCCUACUCGUUCGGGUAGCCGCGGUACUGCUUCCGGGUCGGGCGAUAACACUCCUUCGUCACAAGCCACGCCGCUGGCGUCCAAUUCGGGAGAUGAUCCGCCCGAUACAGUCGCUUUUUCGAGCUCGGAGAAGGGCUCGGAGACCCCGCCGGCUUCAACGCCCAUUGUCAGCCCAGCGGGCUCCUUGGGAACACAUACUGGAACAUCGACACCAGUGAUCGCAGGCAUCGUCGUCGCGUGCCUGCUUUUCAUCCUCGUGCUCCUCGGAUGCGUCUUGUAUCUGCGCCGGAAGCAAAGAAAUCUCCGCAAGAGCAUGCUCACAAGAUUUGACUCCCCAACGCCUUAUCCCUCGCCCACCACCCACAUAGUCGACCACAAUACUCCCAUCGAGAAGGUGGACGACUCCACAGCGUUCGGGUACGGAGACGAGAAGGAAGACACGAAGAAGCCGGGCGACCGGUUCUCGUACCCGAGUACGGUCACUACCCUGCCUCGAUACCGGUUUUCCAGCGACGGAGACACAUUUAACGCGCGAAAUAUGAACGACGCGUGA